AUGGGCCUGGAGGCCCUUCUUAUUCAGAAAAUUGAAAAGCUAAGACAGAAGCUGCUACUGCUGAUAAUUUUGAGAUCUUCAGGGAAAGAGGAGGCCCUGACCUUUGAGGAUGUUUCUGUGAACUUCACCCCAGAAGAAUGGGCCUGUUUGGAUCCUUCCCAAAAGAAGCUUUACAAAGAAGUGAUGCUAGAAACCUGUAGCAACCUGUCCUACUUAGCCACAUACCUUCGAAUUCAUGAAAGAACUCACACUGGAGAGAAACCCUAUGAAUGUAAGAAAUGUGGGAAAUUCUUCAGUCAUGCUUGUUACCUUCGUUAUCAUGAAAGAAGUCACACUGGAGAGAAACCCUAUGGAUGUAAACAUUGUGGGAAAGCUUUCUCUCAAGCCACAUACCUUCGAAUUCAUGAACGAACUCACAGUGGAGAAAAACCAUAUGGAUGUAAGCAGUGUGGGAAAGGUUUUGCUCAAGCCAGUUACCUUCGAAUGCAUGAAAGAACUCACAGUGGAGAAACUCACACUAGAGAGAAAACCUAUGGAUGUAACGAAUGUGGGAAAUUCUUCACUCAUGUGUAUUACAUUAGAUAUUAUGAAAGAACUCGUCAUGGAGAAAAACCCUAUGGAUGUAAGCAAUAUGGGAAAGCCUUUAAUCAAGCCAUUCACCUCCAAAUACAUGAAAGAACUCAUGCUGGAGAGAAACCCUAUGGAUGUAAACAGUGUGGGAAAGCCUUUAAUUGAGAUAGUCACCUUCAAAGACAUAGAAGAACUCACACUGGAGAGAAACCCUAUGGAUGUAAGCAAUGUGGGAAGCCUACACUUCUUCGAGAUUCAGGGCACCAAAGAGUGAGUGGUAUCAAAAGUACAACCCAUUCACACAUUGACAAGAUGACUGUGGCCCUCUUUGCCCAACUGCAGAGAAUGGCCAUGAUGUCACCUUUUUCUAAG